GCCCGCACUGCCUCCCUCCCGGCCCCGAGCGCUCCGGCUGGGUCUCUCCCCCGCCCCCCUCCCCAGGCUCCCCGGUCGCUCUCCUCAGGCGGUCGCCCGCGCUCGGUGGAUGUGGCUGGCAGCCGCCGCCCCCUCCCUCGCUCGCCGCCUGCUCUUCCUCGGCCCUCCGCCUCCUCCCCUCCUCCUUCUCCUCAGCCGCUCCUCUCACCGCCGCCGCCGCCUCCACAGCCUGGGCCUCGCCGCGAUGCCGGAGAAGAGGCCCUUCGAGCGGCUGCCUGCCGAUGUCUCCCCCAUCAACUACAGCCUUUGCCUCAAGCCCGACUUGCUGGACUUCACCUUCGAGGGCAAGCUGGAGGCCGCCGCCCAGGUGAGGCAGGCAACCAAUCAGAUUGUGAUGAAUUGUGCUGAUAUUGACAUUAUUACAGCCUCAUAUGCACCAGAGGGAGAUGAAGAAAUACAUGCUACAGGAUUUAACUAUCAGAAUGAAGAUGAAAAAGUCACCUUGUCUUUUCCUAGUACUCUCCAAACAGGUACAGGAACCUUAAAGAUAGAUUUUGUUGGAGAGCUGAAUGACAAAAUGAAAGGCUUCUAUAGAAGUAAAUAUACUACCCCUUCUGGAGAGGUGCGUUAUGCUGCUGUCACACAGUUUGAGGCUACGGAUGCCCGGAGGGCUUUUCCUUGCUGGGAUGAGCCUGCCAUCAAAGCAACUUUUGAUAUCUCAUUGGUUGUUCCUAAAGACAGAGUAGCUUUAUCAAAUAUGAAUGUAAUUGAUCGGAAACCAUACCCUGAUGAUGAAAAUGUAGUGGAAGUGAAGUUUGCCCGCACACCUGUCAUGUCUACAUAUCUGGUGGCAUUUGUUGUGGGUGAAUAUGACUUUGUAGAAACAAGGUCAAAAGAUGGUGUGUGUGUCCGUGUUUACACCCCUGUUGGCAAAGCCGAGCAAGGAAAAUUUGCGUUAGAGGUUGCUGCUAAAACCCUGCCUUUUUAUAAGGACUACUUCAAUGUUCCUUAUCCUCUACCUAAAAUUGAUCUCAUUGCUAUUGCAGACUUUGCAGCUGGUGCCAUGGAGAACUGGGGCCUUGUUACUUAUAGGGAGACUGCAUUGCUUAUCGAUCCAAAAAACUCCUGUUCUUCAUCACGCCAGUGGGUUGCUCUGGUUGUGGGACAUGAACUCGCCCAUCAAUGGUUUGGAAAUCUUGUUACUAUGGAAUGGUGGACUCAUCUUUGGUUAAAUGAAGGCUUUGCAUCAUGGAUUGAAUAUCUGUGUGUAGACCACUGCUUCCCAGAGUAUGAUAUCUGGACUCAGUUUGUUUCUGCCGAUUACACGCGUGCCCAGGAACUUGAUGCUCUAGAUAACAGCCAUCCUAUUGAAGUCAGUGUGGGACAUCCUUCUGAAGUCGAUGAGAUAUUUGACGCCAUAUCAUAUAGCAAAGGUGCAUCUGUCAUCCGAAUGCUCCAUGACUACAUUGGGGAUAAGGACUUUAAGAAAGGAAUGAACAUGUAUUUAACCAAGUUCCAACAAAAGAAUGCUGCCACAGAGGAUCUCUGGGAAAGUUUAGAAAAUGCUAGUGGUAAACCUAUAGCAGCGGUGAUGAAUACUUGGACCAAACAAAUGGGAUUUCCCCUCAUUUAUGUGGAAGCAGAACAGGUAGAAGAUGACAGAUUAUUGAGGUUGUCCCAAAGAAAGUUCUGUGCCAGUGGACCAUAUGCUGGAGAAGACUGUCCCCAGUGGAUGGUUCCUAUCACAAUCUCUACUAGUGAAGACCCUAACCAUGCCAAACUGAAAAUUCUGAUGGACAAGCCAGAGAUGAAUGUGGUUUUGAAAAAUGUCAAACCAGACCAGUGGGUAAAGUUAAACCUGGGAACAGUUGGGUUUUAUCGGACCCAGUAUAGCUCAGCCAUGCUGGAAAGUUUAUUACCUGGCAUUCGUGACCUUUCUCUGCCCCCUGUGGAUCGACUUGGAUUACAGAAUGACCUCUUCUCCUUGGCUCGAGCUGGAAUCAUUAGCACUGUAGAGGUUCUAAAAGUCAUGGAGGCUUUUGUGAAUGAGCCCAAUUAUACUGUAUGGAGCGACCUGAGCUGUAACCUGGGGAUUCUCUCAACCCUCUUGUCCCACACAGACUUCUAUGAGGAAAUCCAGGAGUUUGUGAAAGAUGUCUUUUCACCCAUAGGGGAGAGACUGGGCUGGGACCCCAAACCUGGAGAAGGUCAUCUAGAUGCACUCCUGAGGGGCUUGGUUCUGGGCAAACUAGGAAAAGCAGGACAUAAGGCAACGUUAGAAGAAGCCCGCCGUCGGUUUAAGGACCACGUGGAAGGGAAGCAGAUUCUCUCCGCUGAUCUGAGGAGUCCUGUUUAUCUGACCGUUUUGAAGCACGGUGAUGGCACUACUUUAGACAUUAUGCUAAAGCUUCACAAACAAGCAGAUAUGCAGGAAGAGAAAAACCGAAUUGAAAGGGUCCUUGGGGCUACUCUGUCACCUGAAUUGAUUCAAAAAGUCCUCACGUUUGCACUUUCAGAAGAGGUACGUCCACAGGACACUGUAUCAGUAAUUGGUGGAGUGGCUGGAGGCAGCAAGCAUGGAAGGAAGGCUGCUUGGAAGUUUAUAAAAGACAACUGGGAAGAACUUUAUAAUCGAUACCAGGGAGGAUUCUUAAUAUCCAGACUAAUAAAGCUAUCAGUUGAGGGAUUUGCAGUUGAUAAAAUGGCAGGAGAAGUUAAGGCUUUCUUCGAGAGUCAUCCAGCUCCUUCAGCUGAGCGCACCAUCCAGCAGUGCUGUGAAAAUAUCCUGCUGAAUGCUGCUUGGCUAAAGCGAGACGCCGAGAGCAUUCACCAGCACCUCCUUCGGCGGAAGGCCUCGCCGCCCACGGCCUGAGCCCGGAGCGCUGCCACUGCGGCUCCGCUUGGCUGCAGGGAUGAGGUGGGGCUGCCGAACAGCUGAUUCAUAGGCCGAGAAUUUGGAGUCUUCUUUCAAACCAGUGGGGGUUGGACAAUGAAUGUAGUUAACUGGUUCCUGCUCACACUCCAGAAUUAAAUUCUAUUGAAAAAGGAAAAUCAGCAAUUCAGCAAAAAAAUAAAAAUAAAAAUAAAAAAUAAAAAAUGUAAAUAUGAUAGUAAUAAAAUAGAGCAUAACGAAACUGUGAAACUUCCUGAAGCCUUGUCAGUGGUUAAAAGUAUUUAACACUCUCCUGUUAAUGACAGAUGUUCUGUUUUUAUAACCUACCAAAAGGAAACUAGAGGCUUCUGGGUGAAGAAGAUUUUUGUGAAGUGGGUUCUACGAGCGGCCUACAAGCCAAGGGUAGUGUCCGUCGCUCUGGGAACGGUUAAACGUGCAAGGCUGAUUGAUAGCUGGUAUAACAUAGAGUCUGUGCAUAAUUCCAAGUGUUUUUGGGGUUUUUUUGGGUUGUGGGUUUUUUUUUUUUUUUUUUUUGGGCAUGGGGACGGAUCAGGAAGAUAUAUUUUCCUGCAUAACUCAAUCUGAACCAAGGAUUGUAGUUUUCCUCCUUGCCUUCCCUUCUGUGUGACCCCCCUUGGCCAAAAAAAAAAAAAGAAAAAAAAGUUAAAAAAACCAAACCUAUCCUGGUCUGGGUUUUUUCCUCUUCCUAGUUCCACCCCCCUCCCCCGGUGUCCUUCUUAGAGAUAAAGAAAUAAUAAGGAAACAUCUUUUAUAGCCACAUUAAAUAAGAGAAACUGAUAUACAUUAUUUUUUCUUUCUUUUUUAAGAUAACUUUUAAGAACCCUGAAAUGCAUGUAGGUGAGACCUAGAAAUGAAAGGGUUUUCAGCCAGGCCACCCUGAAGGAGUUACUCUGCUGACAACCAUCUUAGUUGUCUGACAGGCCAACUGUUAAACCGCUUUACGACAGUAUCAACACUGGCUUUUGGUUCAUUCUGGACACGUGAGAAGUCUGUGGUAACUGCUGCAGGGCCUGUAUUGUAGUGGUAACCGGUUAAAACAACAAAGACUGUAAGCCCGCGUGCCACUCUCCACUUUACCAGUGCAUCCUACUAACAAGCUUCACCUAACUAAUCCAGUGAGUUUUAACUCUAACCCUCAUUCCUUUCCUCUGGGCCUCCCUUUUUUCUUUUCUUCUUUUUCUUUUUCCUUUUUGUUUUUUAAAAUAUUUUUUGUGUUAUUAACAGGAAUUCAUAUUUGGUGUGGCUUAACUGUAUUUCAGAAGGUCAUCAGAUUGUGAGACUGCUUCCUUGAAACAUUUUUGUGCUAUUGUUUUAAAAAAAUAAUAAUUAAAAAACAGUUGGCGUUAAUAAAAAUGUCAAUGUGAAAUUGA